AUGGACUGCGCUGCUUACGAAAUGGACCCCCUGGAGGUCCCCCCGCUCACCCCGACCAGCAAAGAGGUUCUCUGCGAGGCUCUGCGAGCCAGUUUCUCCGGUUUCACCCAGGAGAGGCUCAGGCAUUGCUUCCCGCGAGAUCCCACUUUGUGGUCCGAGUGGGAGGUGAACCACUGGCUGGACUGGUGCCGGGCCGAGUUCGGGUUGCACUCGUUGGGUUCAGACCUGAGGGGCCUGCUGGGUCAAGAGCUGUGCCGACUGGACCGCGUGGCUUUUCUGGGCCUCGUGUACGACCGCACCGCCGGAGAGAUCCUGUGGGAACACCUGGAGAUCAUGAGACGGGAGACCGACUCCCAAGCUGAGCUAUCUGGCGGUGGCUCUCUGAUGUGGGUGGGGGGCGUCCACCACUUGGAGGGCAUCGUGGACGAGGGCCGUCGCGGGGACGGCUUCACUUCAGCGCAACCCUACAAAAGCUUCAAGGAGUACGUGGGCAGCAAGGCAGAUGCGGGCUCGGCUGUAAUCCCGGCAGCCGUCCUCGCCGGUUACACUGGAACUGGUCCCAUCCAGCUGUGGCAGUUUUUACUGGAGCUGCUGACCGACCCUAGCUGCCGGUCGUGCAUCAGCUGGACCGGAGACGGCUGGGAGUUCAAGCUGACCGACCCAGAUGAGGUGGCGCUGCUGUGGGGUCGCCGGAAGCACAAGCCCAAGAUGAACUACGAGAAGCUGAGCCGCGGUCUGCGCUACUACUACGACAAGAACAUCAUCCGCAAGACGGUGGGGAAGCGCUACGUUUACCGCUUUGUCUGCAAUCUGCAAGGGCUACUGGGAUACGAGCCCGGCGAGCUGCACGCCAUGUUGGACAUCGGGGCCGCCAACUAA